AUGGAAAUAGGAUUCUCAAAAUCUCUUGGAAGGAAGAGGGUAGUUGUUUCUGAAAAUAUGGAAUCUUUUUCAUCUUUUACUCCUUUGAAGAGAGUAUACAGUGCUAGAUUCAAUUUCAAUUCUCAUAUAUCUCUCCUUGAAUCACUUCCUCAAGAUAUUUUGUUGCAUGUUUUGUGUGGUGUUGACCAUGAUGAUCUUAAGCAGCUUUUUCAUGUGUCCAAAAUCACUAGAGAAGCGACACUUGUGGUGAAAGAUUCGCAUUUUAAGUUUAGCACGCCAAAGAAGAAGAGUUUUGAUUCAAAUGAUAAAUUUUCAGAAAUCGUAACUCCAAAUGCACCAUUGAAGAAAUUGAAAGGCUCGAAGUUUACUCGAGAGGAAUUAAGUGAUAUUUCUGCGGUAUUGUUCGGCGUCACGGAUUGCACCAUUGAUGAAGAUUAUGAAUAA